CCGCGCUCGGUUCCUGCCGCCCGCGCUGGCGCCCCCUGUCAUGGCGGCGCCCAUGGAGGAGACACGUGGCCUGUUCGGCCAGGGGGUCCGGGCGGUGCUGGGCAGCUGGGCCGCGCUGCAGAUCGCGGUGGAACAUGGCUUCGGCGGUGCUCACGGCCGGGAGAAGGCCGAGUGGAUGGUGGGUGCGGUGGAGCAGUAUUUCCACAGCAACGCGGCCCUGGAGCCGGAUGAGGUGGAGGAUUUCCUCGCUGAGGUGCUGAACAACGAAUUCGACACCAUCAUUGAGGAUGGCAGCUUGGCUGAGGUGAGCCAGCAGCUCCAGUCGCUCUUUGCUCACUGCCAGCUUGGCGAGGGGCCGGCCCUGGCAGAAGCCAUCGCCCGGCUCACACAGUGGCAGCAGGAGGUGGGCAGGGCAGCCACCCAGGCCCGACCCGCCGAGGGGAGCAGCAGCGAGGAGGAGGAGAGGCCGGAGGAGGUGAUGGACUGCAGCAGCCCCGGGCCCCCCCCGGACCCUCCCCCGGCAGAGGACGGCUGGACACUCGUACAGAAGAAAAAGAAAUGAGGGGAGACCCCCCCUGGAAUGAGGGGGCUUCGUGGCAGGGGAAUAAACACGGUGUAGCUACAAAGUGUUGCUAUGGCAACAGUUGUGGGGGAAUCCCCGGAGCGGAGGAGAGUGUUAGUCUGGUGGGGGGGAGAAGCCAGUGCCCUCCAGAGGGGAUGUGCCCCAUUCCCUGCCCCCCUGAGCCAGCCAGUCCCCCCCCCAGGGCUGGAUGGGAGGGGACACCCCCCUAAUCCCUGCCCCCCUGAGCCAGCCAGUCCCCGCCCCAGUGCUGGAUGGGAGGGGACACCCCCCUAAUCCCUGCCCCCCUGAGCCAGCCAAUCCCCUCCCAGGGCUAGAUGGGAGGGGACACCCCCCUAAUCCCUGCCCCCCUGAGCCAGCCAAUCCCCCCCCCCCAGGGCUGGAUGGGAGGGGACACCCCCCAGUCCCUGCCCCCCUGAGCCAGCCAGUCCCCGCCCUAGGGCUGGAUAGGCGCUGGCGCCCCCUAGAGGAGAUCCCCCCCCCCCCCCCCCGUUCGCUGCACCUGGUUGAAAAGGAAACGACGCGAACAAACCCAAACCUGUAUUAAGAAAUCCGCUGACGGAGCUUUAACAACACCCAGCUCCCAAGGACGCUGGAAAAUUGGGGGUGGGGGGAAGGUUGGGGCACCCCUGUGGACGCGAGGCCGCCCCCUAGUGGCCAGCCACUGCAUGUCAGCAACAAUAAAAGAGUCAUCUGCUAA